UGUUUUCAGGGAAAAUUGACUUCUCAGAGGAUAAGUUUGAGGUUCACAGUGAAAUAUAAAAUGUGUAGGAAAUAGAGGGGGGAAAAAUCGAGUCAAAAAAUCACAGGGGCCAAAAAAAAAAAUAGGAGGGCAAAAAAAAAGUUCUCCCCAAUACCUCUUCCCCACAUGAGAUGAUCCCAUUUAUAAGGAGAUUAUUCGUGGCAAAGUCGUUUGCCUUUCAGGACUUAGUAAAUAAUUAAUACAAACCAAUGCUGAGGUUUACACUUUAAAAAUAAUUCAAAGCAAAAAACUCCAAGAUGACGAGCUAAAUAGGAAAAACAUUUUAAAGGAUGGGCUGUGCUCUUUCUGGCAUCUUCUGGCUCUUUCUGGCAUAUCUUUCUGACAUUAGGGGAAAGGGAGAGACCAGGAAAUAACAGGCAGCUUUGCUCUCUCUCUCUGGGCUUUGGCUUUGGCCCAUUGGAGCUAAAGGGCACCACUGAUUGCACAGGAGUUAGUAAAUGUGUUUGCUGUUUCCAUGUGGGGCUCCUUAUUUCCUCAAGGGGUGGAUUUCUCAAUGACUUGUUAAAACCCUAAAGUACAGUGACAGCUCAUGGACUAAUUGAGACUACUGAAUACGACAGGUUGGAGCAGAAUUUUCAAAUGCUGUGAACAAUGCAGUAUGCUGUGUGUAAAGAUAAAUGAAUUCACCAGUCACCUCUCUUUUCUCAGAAACAUGAUUCCGGUGACAGAGUUCCGUCAGUUCUCUGAGCAGCAGCCUGCCUUCCGGGUGCUGAAGCCAUGGUGGGAUGUGUUUACCGAUUACCUGUCCGUGGCCAUGCUGAUGAUCGGUGUGUUCGGAUGCACUUUGCAGGUCAUGCAAGACAAGAUAAUCUGCCUUCCGAAAAGAGUACAGCCUUCUCAGAACCACUCUUCCGUUUCAAAUGUCUCUCAAGCAGUGGCCAGUACCACCCCACUGCCUCCACCAAAACCAUCUCCUUCUAACCCAGUCACUGUGGAAAUGAAAGGGCUGAAGACAGAUUUGGACCUUCAGCAAUACAGCUUCAUUAACCAGAUGUGCUAUGAGCGAGCCCUCCACUGGUACGCCAAGUAUUUCCCAUACCUUGUCCUCAUUCAUACCCUGGUCUUCAUGCUCUGCAGCAACUUUUGGUUCAAGUUCCCUGGCUCCAGCUCCAAAAUAGAACAUUUCAUCUCAAUCCUGGGGAAGUGUUUUGACUCUCCCUGGACCACACGAGCCUUAUCUGAAGUGUCUGGGGAGGACUCGGAAGAGAAGGACAGCAGGAAGAACAACAUGAGCAGGUCCAACACCACCCAGUCUGGUCCAGAAGGCAGUCUGGUCAACUCUCAAUCUUUGAAGUCAAUUCCUGAGAAGUUUGUGGUUGACAAAUCCACUGCAGGGGCUCUGGAUAAGAAGGAGGGUGAGCAGGCAAAAGCUUUAUUUGAGAAGGUGAAGAAGUUCCGGCUGCACGUAGAAGAGGGUGAUAUACUGUAUGCCAUGUAUGUUCGUCAGACUGUACUUAAGGUUAUAAAAUUCCUAAUCAUCAUUGCAUAUAAUAGUGCCCUGGUUUCCAAAGUCCAGUUUACAGUCGACUGUAAUGUUGACAUUCAGGACAUGACUGGAUAUAAAAACUUUUCUUGCAAUCAUACCAUGGCACACUUGUUUUCAAAACUCUCCUUUUGCUACCUGUGCUUUGUAAGUAUCUACGGAUUGACGUGCCUUUAUACAUUAUACUGGCUGUUCUACCGUUCUCUGAAGGAGUACUCUUUUGAGUAUGUCCGGCAGGAGACUGGAAUUGAUGAUAUUCCAGAUGUGAAAAAUGACUUUGCUUUUAUGCUUCAUAUGAUUGAUCAGUAUGACCCUCUGUAUUCCAAGAGAUUCGCGGUGUUCCUAUCUGAGGUGAGUGAAAACAAAUUAAAGCAGCUGAACUUAAAUAAUGAGUGGACUCCAGAUAAACUGAGGCAGAAGCUGCAGACAAAUGCCCAUAACCGUUUGGAACUGCCUCUCAUCAUGCUCUCUGGCCUUCCAGACACUGUUUUUGAAAUCACAGAGUUGCAGUCCCUAAAACUUGAAAUCAUUAAGAACGUCAUGAUACCAGCCACUGUCGCGCAGCUAGACAAUCUCCAGGAGCUCUCUUUACACCAGUGCUCAGUUAAAAUCCACAGCGCGGCGUUGUCUUUCCUGAAGGAGAAUCUCAAGGUCUUGAGCGUCAAGUUUGAUGACAUGAGGGAGCUGCCCCCCUGGAUGUAUGGCCUCCGGAACCUGGAGGAGCUUUACCUGGUUGGCUCUCUAAGUCAUGAUAUUUCCAGAAAUGUCACCCUUGAGUCUCUGCGGGAUCUCAAAAGCCUUAAAAUUCUCUCGAUCAAAAGCAACGUUUCCAAAAUCCCCCAGGCAGUGGUUGAUGUUUCCAGCCAUCUCCAGAAGAUGUGCAUACACAACGAUGGCACCAAGCUGGUGAUGCUCAACAACCUGAAGAAGAUGACCAAUCUGACAGAACUGGAGCUGGUCCACUGUGACCUGGAGCGCAUCCCUCACGCCGUAUUCAGCCUGCUCAGCCUCCAGGAACUAGACCUCAAGGAAAAUAAUCUGAAAUCCAUAGAAGAGAUCGUUAGCUUCCAGCACUUGAGAAAGUUGACAGUACUAAAACUGUGGCAUAACAGCAUCACCUACAUCCCAGAGCAUAUCAAGAAACUCACCAGCCUGGAGCGCCUGUCCUUCAGUCACAAUAAAAUCGAGGUGCUGCCUUCCCACCUCUUCCUAUGCAACAAAAUCCGUUACCUGGACUUGUCCUACAAUGACAUUCGAUUUAUCCCACCUGAGAUCGGAGUUCUACAAAGUUUACAGUAUUUUUCCAUCACUUGUAACAAAGUGGAGAGCCUUCCAGAUGAACUCUACUUCUGUAAGAAACUCAAAACUCUGAAGAUUGGGAAAAACAGCCUAUCAGUACUUUCCCCCAAAAUUGGAAAUUUGUUAUUUCUUUCCUAUUUAGAUGUUAAAGGCAAUCACUUUGAAAUCCUCCCUCCUGAACUGGGUGACUGUCGGGCUUUGAAGCGAGCUGGUUUAGUUGUAGAAGAUGCUCUGUUUGAAACCCUGCCUUCUGAUGUCCGGGAGCAAAUGAAAACAGAAUAACUUAUUUUGUUUAAAGUUUGACUAAAACAUGCUUCUACCAAAUACAGUAUAAAUAACUAGGUAGUCUUGAUGCCUUUCCUACUUUAUUAUUGUUUUUCUUCUUUUUCGCACAAAACAAAAUGUACACAAAGAAUGAGUAAGGAGUAUGUAUUUUUUAAUAAAAAUUUAAUUGUAUUUUUUCAAUAUUAGUAUUUUAAAGGUUUAUUUGUCCUGGAACCUAAUGUAUCUAUUAUUGUUUUCUACUGACAGAGACAGAUGGUUCCACCUGUUUUUGUUCGUUUUUUUUGUUUGCUUGCUUGCUUGCUUGUUUUGGUUUUUUGGUAAAUUCUUGUAAAAGGAAGGGAAUUUUAAGUUGCAUGUUUUUGGUAUUUUUUAAAUCGAUGAAGAUACUUUGCCAAGGUCAUUUUUUAGCUUGUUUACAUCUGUACAGGGUCUUUAUUUUUGUUUUCAUUGUAUGUGUACCAAGGAAUCUCUGCUAGUUAUUUUAAUACCAGCUGCCUUCUGCAUUGGUCAAGUAUUUCAUUGUACAGAAAACUUCUCUGGAGUAUAAGCUCACAUAAGUGCAUUGUCAUGGACUAUUAUUUUCAAAAUUUCCCCUUGCCUCCAGCAGAACUCUAAAUUGUUUUCUUUCACAUACCUGCCAGUUAUUUAUCAUUAGGCAAGGAUUUUGUGAGUAAGGACGAUAAUCUUCCAUGGUCAGCUUGGUUGGAUUGGUCAUUUAUAAUUUAACUGAUUUACAUUUUUACCAACAUUUUUUAAAUGCUGAAAAUAUUUUCCUUCAGUGAAAAAGGAAAUGCAGAAGCUCCUCCCCUUUAAUAUCAAUGUUGUUAUGUAGUUCUGGUCAACAACCUUAGAAAAGCUAAUUUAUUUUAAUUAAAAUAGCUAAUUAAAUUUAAAAA